AUGCUGUUGAAACUAGCGGCCGUUCUUGGCCUUUUGGUCGCUGCGAUAUAUGCCGACGACAGCAAUACCAUCUCCACUUCAGCACAGACCGACGGCCCUCCAGACUGGGCCAACAACAAUGCACUGCAAUUGAAUCUGUCGUCCGACCCCAUCCAAUAUACCGUUGUUCCUGUUCUACCAAAUGCUGGUACCAACGGGUCGUCAAAUAGCGGCAUUCAAACAAAGACAGUAGACAUCAACGGCGUCAUGAUUGCCACCGAUGUAUCCAACUUUAACAAGAUCACAAGUCCCAACGAUGUCGCAUACAUAUCAUGCGAUGGCUCAAGCAAUACCUUUAUCAGCACGGACGAGUUGCUCAACGAUGUCGUCAAUGCAAACCCAAAAGCCAUCGUCCUCUACUCACUUGCCGCCACUUGGUGUAGUCUGGAUUUUGCAAACCCACCUGCGUUUUCCAACAUUUUCUCCAUGGCUGAUAGCGGCGAGGCACAGGGAGUUUUGGACUCUUUGAAUGGCACUGCCAAUGGGCGAGUGGUCAACGUUUCCAUUACAGGAAACUCAUCGAGCACAGACUCUAAUGACUCUGGAGGUGGGACCAGCAACUCGACCGUCGCCAUGAGCAUUCUAUACACCAUCACAGCUCUCAUCACUCUCUUGUUCCUCGUGAUUAUCGCUACCGGCGCUGUAAGAGCCCAUCGCUAUCCGGAAAGGUAUGGGCCUCGACGUGCUCUGGGCGGCCGACCUCGACAGAGCCGAGCAAAGGGAUUGGCUCGUGCGGUUCUCGAAACACUUCCCAUUGUCAAGUUUAAUAAUAACCAGGAACCGAUUAAGCCGGAUCCCGAUCUCGAACUAGACGCAGCUACUACUGAUGGCCGCGAUGCUAGAACACAGAGGUCAUCUUCGAUUCUUACCCAGGAAGCAGCACAUCACGAAGUGGCUACAGCUACGCCGGCCACGGCCGCAGCGGCCGCAGGCGAUAGUAAGACCGGUGAUGCAACUCCGGCUGUUGAGGCUCAUGGGGCUGUUGAAGCCAACCCCCCUCCCGUCGUGAACGUGGGUUGCUCCAUCUGUACCGAAGAUUUUACGGAAGGCGAGGAUAUGAGGGUUCUGCCUUGCAACCACACAUUUCAUCCAACCUGUAUUGAUCCUUGGCUUAUUAAUGUAUCCGGAACAUGUCCCUUGUGUCGACUUGACCUUCGCCCUGAGGCUGAGUCUAACGAAGGUGAUAUUGGCCUGGCUCCAGCUCUUAACAGGGGCCCCGGCGACAGGAGCUCAACACUGCCACCUCCUUUGGCCCUGGAGGGUGAGGAGGGAGAGGGCGGUCCUGCCCACCACCGUCAUAGGAUUUCUCGCUUUUUCGACGUCAACAGGCUGAGGCAAGCUACAGCGGAAGAGCAGAUCGAAGCUCUUCGACAGAUGCGAUCGACUCGCCAAACCGAUGCAGAGACUCACGAAGCGGGCGCCACUCAGGAUGCGGAGCGCGAAAGAGGCCAGAGGGCUCAUCUAACAGCCAAACUAAAGGAAAAGUUCCGGAUCCGAACCAGAGCUCGAUCUCCAGAACGCGAACAAGACUGA